AUGAUAAAAAGAUUUUCCCUAAAUAUUUUGAUGGAGUUGUUAUUUUCAAAAAAGCUAACAGAUAACAAAAACCAAGAUGAAAAUGCAACUAAAUUUGUAAAAUCUGUUAAUAAUGUUUUUGAUCAUUUGGGUAAAGGAAAUCUAUCAGAUUUCAUAUCAAUAUUAAGACCCUUUUUUUAUUUUAACGGUAAAAGUUUUGAAAGAGAAUUUAAAUAUAUAAUGAAUAUAUUAGAGGAUAUUUAUAAUGAACAUCUUGAAAAUUUGGAUAUAAAAAACCCAAUAGAUUUGUUUGAUCAAUUGAUUAUUGAAACUAAUGGUGACAAGGAAUUUAUUAAAAAUAUUUCAUUGGAUUUAAUAUUGGCUGGAUCCGAUACAACUGUUUCGACAAUAGAGUGGUUUAUUGUGUUUAUGAUUAACAACCCUGAGAUACAAGAAAAAGUUUACAACGAAAUUUUAAAUACAUUUGCUUAUGAUAAGUAUCUAAGCUAUAGUGAUACACUUAAAUUGCCAUUGUUCAACUCUUGCAUAAAAGAAACAAUGAGAUUAAAACCUGCAGUUCCACUUGGUGUAUUUAGAUAUUCUCGUGAGGAUGCCUAUGUUGGUAAAAACAAUGAAUAUUUUAUACCUAAAAAUACCAUGAUAUUUCAAAAUAUUUACGGUUUAAAUAAUUCGGAACGUUUUGUUGAAGACCAUGAACAUUUUAAACCUGAAAGAUGGAUAGAUUGCAAUGAUAGCAACAAUGAUGAUUGUAUUAAAACUGAUGAAGAGGGUAAAGAAAAGUACUAUAACAAAGUUGAGAAGCUUUUGAAUCCUUUUUCAAUGGGCAAACGUCGUUGUCCUGGUGAACAAAUUGCCAAAGUUGAAAUUAAUAUAUUCCUCUGUAAUCUAUUAUUAAAUUUCAAAUUGGAAAGUGAAAAUGGAAUUAAAAAAAUUGAUGAAAAAGAAUUGUUUUUUAUUACUAUCCGUCCAAAACCAUUUAAUAUAAAAUUUGUAAAAAGAAAUUAA